AUGGCCGCCGAAUCCAACUACGACUACCUCUUCAAGGUGGUGCUCAUCGGAGACAGCGGUACCGGUAAAUCCAACCUUCUCUCUCGAUUCACCCGCAACGAGUUCAGUCUCGAGUCCAAGUCAACCAUCGGAGUUGAGUUUGCUACCCGAAGCAUUUCCGUCGACGGAAAGACGGUCAAGGCCCAGAUCUGGGAUACCGCCGGACAGGAACGAUACCGUGCCAUCACUUCGGCAUACUACCGCGGUGCUGUCGGCGCUCUGCUCGUAUACGACAUUGCCAAGCAUCCCACAUACGUCAAUGUGUCGAGGUGGCUCAAGGAGCUCCGAGACCACGCCGACAGCAACAUUGUCAUCAUGCUUGUCGGAAACAAGAGUGAUUUGCGACACCUUCGUGCUGUUCCCACCGAGGAGGCAAAAGCCUUUGCUGCCGAAAACAACCUCUCCUUCAUCGAGACUUCGGCCCUCGAUGCUUCCAACGUCGAACAGGCCUUCCAGAACAUCCUCACAGAAAUUUACCGCAUCGUAUCCAACAAGGCAUUGCAGUCAUCGGACGACGUGAUCAAGCCCUCAGGCGGAGAGACGAUCACGGUGCAGCCCAGUGCUGACGAUGGCGGACAGACAAAGAAGAACGGAUGCUGCUAA